AUGUCAAGCAACAUUGCAAGUUGUAGUGGUUUUAUAUAUCAGUUGUCGUUAAUUGUCUUACAUGUAUUACAGAAUAACCAAAUUGACGGUGAAACUGGUUGUAGUAACAAUCUGGAGCGGACAUCAGUUCGUAGAUUAUCUCCCGGAAAUUUGGCAAUAUUACAAGCGAGAGAAGAUAUUAUUAGCAGCCAAGUAUCGCUUGAAUCAGAAGCUCUUAAGGGUGAAGUGCAAACUGACGUUUUGCCUGUUGCACCGAAACAAUUUCAAAAGGCUCCACCAGCACCACCGCUACCACCGAUUCCAACGCAUCUGAAAACUUCCCAGCUUAAGUUGUUAAAUGGUAACAGUGGAUCUACAGCGACAUCAUCAAAUUUUUCCAAUGGCGUUCAUAAGAGGACACUAACAACUGUAACUUCAGCUUCAGGUUCAACUCAAGAUUCUAGCAAGCACGAAGCAAUGGAUAAAAAGUUCAUCUCAACAGGCACGGUUUCUCGUUUCCCAUCUAAUUGCUUCCUGCAACAUCUUUGCUGUAUCUCUCCUAAUCAUAAGAAGAGUAUAAUCGUAGAGGAUACGUCAUUCACUGAUAAGAUCCGUGAGCAUUACGAAAAGCUUAAUAUACCUGGAAGUAUCACAGAUGAAUUUCGAACACUGAAAUUGAACGGGCAUGUUGGAUUUGAUUCGCUUCCACAUCAAUUGGUUCGGAAAUGCACUGAAAGAGGGUUUCAGUUCAAUUUGAUGUGCGUUGGUGAAACAGGCAUGGGUAAAACAACACUGAUCGAAUCUCUAUUUAACAUGAAGCUUGAAUUUCGCCCCUGCAAUAACGAGCUUAAAACUGUGGAAUUACUUUCAAGGACAUAUGAUGUUGUGGAAGGUGGAAUUCGACUGAAAUUGACUAUUGUUGAAACAGCUGGAUUUGGUGACCAACUUGAUAAAGACAAAAGUGCUCAGGUAAUCGUUGAUUUCAUCAAUGAGCAAUUCGAAAAGUAUUUGAAGGAAGAGUUAAAAAUCAAACGUUGUUUGGACUAUUACGAUGAUACACGUAUCCAUGCUUGUCUUUACUUCAUAUCACCGACAGGACAUGG